AUGUCAUCAAAUAUCAGAACAAACUUGGAAGCUAUCAUCAAGGGUAUUCAAGAACACAAGAUUCUUGAAGUCUUUGAAAAGUAUUAUCAUGCAGACAUUGUGAUGUUUGAAAAGGGGGAUUCAACCAAUCGUAUCGGAAAGGAUGCCAAUAGAAAGGCUGAAGAAGGUUUUGUCAAUAAUGCAACUAUCCAUGAAGCUAAAGUAUUAAAGGUUCUUGUCGAUGGUAACAAUAGUGCCUAUGAAAUGUAUAUGGACUUUACAUAUGGUGGUCACAAGGUUCAAAAGACUCAAUGGGCUCUUCAAGAAUGGAAGGAUGGUUUGGUUAUCAAGGAAGAAUUCUUCUAA